UCUGACUUCAGUUGAAAUCAACAACCCUCUCAAUGUCAUUGCAAUGGGUGCUGGAAAAUUGGAGACGGGAAUUAUCUUCCUCCUUCAGACUGGAGUUGGGAUCCUUGGAAAUUCCUCCCUCCUUUGCUUUUACAACAUCUCUUUCUUCAUUGGACAUAAAUUGAGAUCCACAGAUCUAAUUCUCAACCAGUUAGCAUUUGCCAACUCCUUGGUCCUUUUCUUCAAAGGGAUGCCUCAAACAAUAGUGGCCUUUGGAUGGAAAGAUUUCCUGGAUGAUGUCGGAUGUAAACUAGCCAUUUACUGGUGCAGAGUGGGCAUGGCUGUUUCCUUGAAUACCAUCUGCCUCCUGAAUGGAUUCCAGCUCAUUAAGCUCAACCCUGGUAUUUGGAGUUGGAUGGAGGUCAAGAUUAGAUCUCUAAAGUUCAUUGUCUUCUGCUGUUUCUUGUGCUGGAUCUUACAUAUUGUAUUAAAUUCAUUCAUUCCUGUUCUAGUGAGUAGCCCACGGGGUAGACAGAAUCUCAGUUUAGAAAGUAAUUAUAGGUAUUGUUUCUGGGAAAUGCCAGAUCACUAUAACCCACUGUAUACAGUCCUCCUAUAUUAUUCCCCUGACUUUUGGGGUCUAGCUUUCAUAAUGUGGGCCAGCAUCUCCAUGGUCAUUUUACUGCACAGACACAAGAAGCAAGUACAAUACAUUCACAACCAAGCCCUCUCCAAGUCUAGACAAAACCAUGAAGCCAGAGCCACAUGCACUAUCCUGAUUUUGGUGACCUCCUUCUUUGCCUUCUAUUCAAUCUAUAAUGCUUUGGCCAUCUGGACAACAUUAACUGUAAAAACCAGUUACUGGACGAUGAACAGCUCUGUUUUUUUGAGUACAUGUUUCCCAGCAUUAAGCCCCUUUGUGAUCAUCAUCAGUGACACCAGAAUCUCUAGGUUGUGUUUUGGCUGUUGCCUGAAGACCAAGUGUCUUUUUGAUUAGUUCAAGUGCUCUGGCUCUCUUUACUUUCUUUUGUGAAGUCACUUCAAUUAUUGCUAACAUUUAGUUAGCUAUUACAUAGUAGAAUUUUGUGAAGUCAACCAGGGCAUAUAGGACCAGUAAUGUCCCUGCCCACAUGGAUCUUCUCAUAAAGCUAUACAUUUACAUUAUUAAUUUACAUCUAAAGUAAUUAAUUAUCAUCGCUGGGUAGUCGUAGUGGAACAAAUCAGGGAAAUUUUAAAUAUUGUCGUGGAAGGAAAAUUAUAAGUUUGGGCAAUUAGGAGACAUCUAUUAUUUUGGAUUUGAUGAAGAUAUAUACAAGUUAUAUAUUGUUUACAUAUAAUUGUGUUAACCUCUUUCUGGCUGUGGGAAAAGCACCUGAAAGAUACCGUGUUUAGGAAGAUAUGUGAAGCUUCCGGAUUUUGUUGUGUUUAGGUGUUUAGAGUGCAUAAGAAAGAAUUCUAGAAAGAAUCUAUGAGUCUAUAAAGGAAGGUGUUGAAAAGUGCUGGGUUAAGCAAUUAGGAACAAUAAAAAAAAGUAUGACUAUUUAACGGGAUUGCAAGGCUGGUGAAUGGGUUCAAACUGUGGGUGACAUGAGCAGUUAUUUUUGUUUUAAAUUCCUUACAGAAUAUUUACUUUAAAAAUAUACUCAUUUUCAUUCCUGAUUUUUAAUUUUUUAUUACGAGUAUAUAUUUGUCUGUUUGUGGGUAUAUGCAAGUGAGUGCAGUGUCUGUAGAGUCCAGAAGAGGGCCUCAGAUUCCCCUGGAGUUGGAGAUAGGAGAGGUUGUAAGCUACCCUGUGCUAGUGCUGGGAGUCAAGUUUGUGUUCUCUGAACAUAAAUAGCUCUCAACUGCUGAACCAUCUCUCUUAUCCCUUUUAUGGUUUGUUUUGUAAAUUGAUUUCAAUUAGUCUCAAUUUGUAGCAUCUAGUAUAAAGUUUUAAAUGCUUACAAAUUUUUUGGCUAUUUUCAUCUGGAUAACAAAUUUCAAAAGAGAAAAGAUGGAUAUUAAAAGAUUGAGUUCUUUCCUUUUAGUACACUGAUUUGAUUUUCAUACUCUUCCUUAAUCUUGAUAUUUGAAAAUUUCAAAUACCUUACACAUAUUCUUUUGUAAAUUAGUUCUUGGAGAAUUUCAUGCCCAUCAAGAUGGGUUAAGGUAUCUGCUGCCAAACUUAACAACUUGAGUUCCAUCCCUGGGACUCACUUGGUGGGAGAGAUCCAACUUUCACAGCUGUCACCUGAACCCUGCACAUGCAUCUAUAUGGAUACACACACACACACACACACACACACACACACACACACACACACACACACGCAUGCACGUGCCAUAAUUGCAAUAAAAAUGAAAAGAAAACCAUUUCUAGGUAGAAGCCAAUAAAAGAUGGUUCUGAAUCAAAUGCACACAACUGUUAGUGAGGGCAGGGAUGUAGCUGUUUUGUAGAAUGCUUCCAUAACAUGAAGGAUCCCUGGGUUCAGUCCCCAGAAGCACAUAAAACUGGGUAUGGUGAUUUACAUCUGCAAUCCCAGCACCUGGGAAGUGGAGGUGGGAGCAUCAGAAGCUCAAGAUCUAUUGAAUACCCAGGGGUCCGGCAGUUUAGCUACAUUCAGCAUGGGACAUCUGAGGGGAAAAAAAUCUACUUACACUAUGCUCUUAUGUCUGUUAACUUUAUUCCUCUAAGACAAAAUUUUAUCAAUACAGCUAUAGGUCCGUCAGGCAUUCAAGGCAGGAAUAACUCUAGACAUACCAAGCUCUUUAUCCAUCUACUUUAUUUUUCUGGGAUGAAAUCCUGUCUACAUAGCUUCAGUUCUGUCCAGUUCCCUAGCUCAUAGUCCUGCUAAUGACUAAACUCCUAUGCUUCCAGGCUCAUCUUCGUCCUCCAUUUCCUCAUUUUCCCUUUCCACUACUCUCUACUCCUGGCACUCAGAAAACUCUACCCACGAUCUGCUUACCCUAUAUGGAACCUCUGUCUUCCUCUCUUCUCUCUCCCCAUGACCCUUUCUACAGAAAAUGCCUGCUCUUUCUUUUCCUGGGCAUGUGGUUCUCUGCCUCCUCAGGAAUGUUGUUCCACCUAACACCUUGAUAUGUAAAAACCUCUUUUGUUCUCAGUCAAUUGCUCUGGAGAGUCACUAGGUCUCAAGGUGAGGAGAUGGUCUGAGCUUCAUUUGCACAAGAAGCAAAGCUAUACCUCUCCAGCCAGCUUAUCUCCUAAGCUCAGCAGGGUAGUUAGUAACCUAGAGGUUCAGCAGGUCUGAAAAUAUUUGGGGAUGCAAGAAUUUCAUAGUAGAAGACAGCUGAAAUAUUAAAGGCUAGAUAGCACCAAAUAUUCAUAAUAAAUGGCUUGCCUCUUGACAGACCCUUGGUCAAAGUAUAGCUUUAAUACACAGCUGAAUUGCUAUGAUAUUUUCUUGCAGCCCACAAGAAAGAUCUCCCUUUACUAUGCUGUGCAGAAUUGAGGCUUCUCUGGGAUACAUGAAAUCCCAUAUAAGAACAAAAACCCCAAUGGAAUUGAUUGAUUUCUUUGUACUUCUAUUGAGUUUCCAUUGGGGUUCAGUUUGGUCAUACUAUGACAGAGAAGACUAAAAUUCUCUGUGUAAAAGAAGAUAAGAACCAAAAUCUUCUUGAGACUGGAAGGCAAUGGUUUUGAAAGCUGCUAUGAAAAGGUCAAGUAUGUGGGAACACAAAGGGAAUGGAAUGGAAGCACCCCAUACAGAUGUAUUGCCAGUGGCAAGGGUGAUGUCAUCAUGCAGCCACUGGCUUAUCCUCCCAGCUGUUUCUUCUUUCUUCCAAUGUUAGUUUUUUUCAUUCUUCUAGGUCUAUCAUAUUUGAUUGUAUCAGUGAUUUCUUAAAAUGUCUCUUUGGGAUCACAAGUGGUCUUUUUUAUAUUAAGAAAAAUUUUUUAAAAAAAAUAUUUAUUUAUCAUGUAUACAAUGUUCUGCCUCCAUGUAUGUCUGCAGGCCAGAAGAGGGCACCAGAUCUCAUUACAGAUGGUUGGAAGCCACCAUGUG